UUAGGCUUUACAACUAUAUUUUAACCUUUAUUUCAACAUAGACGGAAAAAUAGAAAGUUUAAUACAGUUGGUAUAUUGUGUGAAGAAGGUAUGGAUUGUAGUAAAGAUUAUGAAUGCAAACAAGCCGAACCGAGUGAAUUUAUCGAUGGUAUCGAAUUUGAUGAAAUAGAAAAAUUCUCGCAGACAGAUGUGAUAGAAGCAAUAUCUGAACGAACUGUUGUUUUUGAAGGUGUUCCUCACGAACAAUUUGAGACAGAUAUAAAGAAACUGACAAGGAGAAAUGCUUAUAAGAACCUUAUCAUACUGAGCUUUUCAUUCACGCUUGUUUACACGGCGUUCAACUCAUUUGGAAAUGUUCAGAGUUCCAUCAACAGGGCAGAAGGUAUGGGUACGAUAGGACUAAGUAUUGUCUACUGCUCACAAAUGGUCACAAGCCUCUUCUUUGCUUCGUUCACGACGUCGCGGUUCCGUUACAAGGUUAUCAUUGUUGUUUCCAUGGUUUCGUUUCUUGCCUUCCUUCUCACCGGUUUCUACUCCACCUGGGGAACCAUCGUACCGGGCUCUAUUAUAGUCGGGAUAGGUUCGGCGCAUAUAUGGCCAGCACAGCAGGCUUACAUUACAGAUCUUGCCAAACUAUAUGCCAUCUGCUCAGGAAAUAGUUCUGAUAGUAUUAUAGCAUUGUUUACCGGCAUCUUCUACGCUUUCUUCUACUCGUCCCAGAUAUGGGGAAACCUGUUCUCUUCUCUGGUGUUUCAACGGGAGAUCAGCUUGAAGAACACGUCAGAGACGGUGAUGUGUGGGGCUCGGUUCUGUCCUCUCAUGAACAACACGGUCAUCGUAACCAGACCUCCGCAGUCAGAGAUUAACGUUUAUACUGCAAUCUGCGUUGGAUGCACUGUGAUGGGCAUUCUGGUUAUGAGUUUAUUUUUGCAAGAUGUUCGAUUUACAAAGAAAGGCAAAAAAGAAAUUGUCACACAUAUCAAGAAGGUUGGAGCAUUGUUUGUUAAUUCCGCUGACCAAAGACUGCUCAUAGUUCCGUCCUUGAUUGGUGGUUUAAGUUCUGCAAUUAUUGCCAGUGAUUUUACACUGGCGUUUGUGAGUUGCCCAUUCGGCGUUGGGAGUGUUGGGCUUAUGAUGAUCGCGUUCGGGGUUAGCGUGGCCGGAUUCUCCGCGGGUUUCGGCCGCCUUACCAAGUACACCGGACACUACGGCUUGUUUGUUGUUGGUUUUGUGGCCCAGAUGUGUUUCGCGGCUGUCACCCUUACCUGGGUGCCGUCGGCGGAUACAUACUACGCAGUGUUUCUGGUAGCGGCCAUAUGGGGAGUUUGUACGGCUGUCAACAUGCCGCUAGUUUUGGUUCUGUAUAGCGUGUAUUUUGAAGCCCAGGAUCGCGAUACCGCCCUGUCGGGGUUUCGUAUGCUGAACGGACUGGGAUUGACCUUGGCAUUCGGAUACAGCAGUCGACUUUGUAUGAGAUACAAAAUGAACAUUAACAUGGGAGUUGCCUGCCUUAGUCUGCUAUGUGUUACUAUUCUCAGUGUGAAGCAUAGACAUACCCAGAAAAUAUGUUUGUGCUGUAAAGGCCAAUCAAAAUAAAAGUAAAGAAACAAAAUCUCGGUUUAUUCUUUAUUUUAAUCGAAGCUUAUUUAUAAAUGAUGCUAUUAAAAACGAUGCAUUCAAUAAUGGAUAAUUUAGUAUGAGUUCAAGUUACUAGUAUAAGUUAUAUAUAUAAGGUAUGAACCCAAAAUGUUAUAGAAAAAAACAUGAACA